AUUGCUCUGGCACAACUGCGUACGAAGACUAUCAACUCAGUGUCGCCACGAAUCCUGGAUUCUCACUGCCCGAAAUAAUACGCAACCAGGAACUGUCCCAUUACACACUUCUGGACGCAUUCAUAUUUUGCACAAUCAAACUGCGAUUCCCUGAGAGUUUGGUCACUUUCCUCAUUGGUCUUCUUGCUGUGGACGAGUUCAAAGAGGAAUUUGUGCAAUCCUACCUGAAUCACUACACCCGAAUCGCUUCCACAGUGAUGAUCUCAGCUCGAACCCGGAUGGUGACUGAGUGGUCGUUACAGAUGAAUAAUCGAAUUGUGCAUAUUUCUGUUCAGCUGUUCAGCGGGGAGUAUCUCGCUUUGCGUAUGGUUCGGGAGCGUCAUCUGCACUACUUGUUGGUGCACUGCCUGCUUAACAUGUGUAUCUGUUGUCGAACGCGCUUGGACGAUCGGAGCAACAUGGUUGUCAAUUGUGAAGGUCCAUUGAUCCAAAAUAAUGUUUUCUGGCCGUUUGUUUCGGAUUUGGGCAAUCUGGUUUCGCAUAAAUCCAUUGUGGACGUUUUCGUCGAGGACGAUGAAUUUUUGAAUGCUUGGACCGAGGUCCUUCGUUACAUGCAGUUUAUGAAUUGUUUCGUAAUGAAAGAGGGGAAUCAUAUCGAGUAUGAAACCAUGGCAUUCUAUCAUGCGAUCACGUUGGAGAUUGAGAUCAGCGCCAACUUGAUGUGGAAUAUCUGGCAGCACUAUCGUCUCCCAGUAAGUGCGUUUUACUUACCGGGAUACACUGACACCAGAUCAACCCUCCCAGUGCUAGUUCAUCUAGUCUGUUUGAACAGAUUUGCAUCACUUAAUUUUUCACAUUCUUUAACCGUGCGUUUCCGUGCCGUGGUUCAGAUUACUGUCUCAUCGCCUCCCAGUUGUGCGGAGCAGAAUUAA